GAGAGAUCAUGGCCGCCUUCGGGCUUCUCAGCUAUGAGCAGAGACCGCUGAAGCGCCCCCGGCUUGGGCCGCCCGACGUCUACCCGCAGGACCCCAAGCAGAAGGAGGAUGAACUUACUGCUGUGAAUGUAAAGCAAGGCUUCAACAAUCAGCCGGCCUUCACUGGGGAUGAACAUGGCUCAGCCAGAAAUAUUGUAAUUAACCCGUCAAAGAUUGGAGCUUAUUUUAGCAGCAUAUUAGCUGAGAAACUGAAGCUUAACACUUUCCAGGACACCGGAAAGAAGAAACCACAAGUUAAUGCUAAAGAUAAUUACUGGCUGGUCACUGCUCGAUCUCAGAGUGUAAUUCAUAGUUGGUUCUCUGACUUAGCCGGAAAUAAACCACUUGCUAUUCUGGCAAAAAAGGUUCCCAUCCUUAGUAAGAAAGAGGAUGUUUUUGCAUACUUAGCUAAAUAUUCGGUGCCAAUGGUUCGAGCAACAUGGCUGAUCAAGAUGACAUGUGCCUAUUAUUCUGCUAUUUCUGAAGCUAAAAUUAAGAAGCGUCAGGCAACUGAUCCCAAUUUGGAGUGGACGCAGAUCUCUACCAGAUACCUUCGCGAGCAGUUGGCCAAGAUUUCUGACUUCUACCACAUGGCCUCCAGCACGGGCGACGGCCCUGUCCCUGUGCCACCGGAUGUGGAACAAGCCGUGAAGCAGUGGGAGUACAACGAGAAGCUAGCGUUUCACAUGUUCCAGGAAGGAAUGCUAGAAAAACAUGAAUACUUGACAUGGAUCCUGGAUGUUUUAGAAAAAGUCAGACCCACGGAUGACGAUCUUCUUAAACUUUUGUUGCCGCUAAUGCUGCAGUAUUCGGAUGAGUUUGUUCAGUCGGCCUACCUAUCUCGUCGUCUUGCCUACUUUUGUGCCCGGCGUCUGUCCUUGCUGCUGAGUGAUAGCCCCAGUCUCCUUGCUGCCCACUCACCCCACAUGAUGAUAGGACCAAACGGCUCAAGCAUCGGGGUGCCCAGCCCCGGCCCCGCUGGCUCCGGCAUGAGCCCCGUGCAGCUGGCGUUCUCCGAUUUCCUUUCCUGUGCACAGCAUGGGCCCCUGGUGUAUGGACUUAGUUGUAUGUUGCAGACUGUCACUCUCUGUUGCCCAAGUGCCUUGGUGUGGAAUUAUCCCGCAAAUGACAAUAAGAGCACAAACCCGGGCUCGCCGCUGGAUCUGCUGCAGGUGGCCCCUUCCAGCCUACCCAUGCCGGGCGGGAACACGGCUUUCAACCAGCAGGUUCGAGCGAGGAUUUAUGAGGUGGAGCAGCAGAUAAAACAGAGAGGCCGCGCCGUAGAAGUCCGGUGGUCUUUCGACAAAUGUCGAGAAUCAACAGCAGGGGUGACCAUCAGUCGGGUUUUGCACACACUGGAAGUCUUGGAUCGUCACUGUUUUGACCGAACUGAUUCCAGCAAUUCAAUGGAGACGCUUUAUCAUAAGAUUUUCUGGCCAAACCAAAACAAAGACAACCACGAGGUUGCUGCCAACGAUGAAGCGGUGGUGACGCUGUUGUGUGAAUGGGCUGUGAGCUGUAAGCGGUCAGGCAAACACAGGGCCAUGGCCGUGGCAAAACUCUUGGAGAAGAGGCAAGCAGAAGUUGAGGCAGAGAGGUGUGGUGAAUCAGAGGUCUUAGAUGAGAAGGAGUCCAUUUCUUCAGCCUCUCUUGCUGGAUCUAGUUUGCCUGUUUUCCAGAAUGUUCUACUAAGGUUUUUAGAUACACAGGCCCCCUCAUUGUCGGACCCGAACAGCGAAUGUGAAAAGGUGGAGUUUGUGAACCUGGUGCUGUUGUUCUGUGAGUUCAUCCGCCACGAUGUCUUCUCCCACGACGCCUACAUGUGCACCCUCAUAUCUCGAGGGGACUUGUCAGUCAGCGCCUCCACGCGGCCACGGUCGCCAGCGGGAGAAAACGUAGACGAGCACUAUUCAAAGGACCAUGAUGUGAAAAUGGAGAUCUUUUCUCCCAUGCCUGGGGAGUCCUGUGAGAAUACCAACCCUUCCUUGGGAAGAAGAAUGUCGGUUAACGGUGAGAAGUUGAUGAAGAGGGAAAAGCCGCGGGAGCUGAUUUUUCCAUCGAAUUACGGCCUCCUCCGUCACUUGCAGUAUGCAACCCAUUUUCCUAUACCUCUGGAUGAAUCUUCAAGUCACGAAUGUAACCAGCGCACAAUCCUUCUCUAUGGAGUCGGUAAAGAGCGUGACGAAGCGAGGCAUCAGCUGAAGAAGAUUACCAGAGAUAUCCUGAAAAUCCUAAACAAGAAGAGCACCACAGAGACCGGGGGUGGGGAUGAAGGACAAAAAGCCAGGAAGAACAAACAAGAAGCAUUUCCAACACUGGAGACUGUGUUCACAAAGCUUCAGCUCCUUUCGUAUUUCGAUCAGCAUCAAGUGACAUCUCAGAUCUCUAACAACGUGCUGGAACAGAUCACAAGCUUUGCGUCCGGAACAUCCUACCAUCUCCCUUUGGCUCACCAUAUUCAGCUAAUCUUUGAUCUCAUGGAGCCGGCGCUGAACAUCAAUGGACUAAUUGACUUUGCAAUACAGCUACUAAAUGAACUGAGCGUUGUGGAAGCCGAGCUGCUCCUGAAAUCUUCCAGCCUGGCAGGAAGCUACACGACGGGACUGUGCGUCUGCAUCGUGGCUGUGCUGAGGCGGUACCAUAGUUGUCUGAUCCUGAAUCCCGAUCAAACAGCCCAGGUGUUCGAAGGGUUGUGUGGUGUGGUCAAGCAUGUUGUCAACCCCUCAGAAUGUUCUUCCCCUGAAAGAUGCAUCUUAGCCUACCUCUAUGAUCUUUAUGUGUCAUGUAGCCACCUCAGAAGUAAAUUUGGAGACCUCUUCAGUAGUGCCUGUUCAAAAGUAAAGCAGACCAUCUAUAAUAAUGUGAUGCCUGCAAAUUCUAACUUGCGAUGGGAUCCUGACUUCAUGAUGGACUUCAUUGAGAAUCCAUCAGCCCGGAGCAUCAACUAUUCAAUGCUUGGCAAGAUCCUGAGUGACAAUGCAGCCAGUCGCUACAGCUUUGUCUGCAACACGCUCAUGAAUGUGUGUAUGGGCCAUCAGGACGCUGGAAGGAUUAACGACAUAGCCAAUUUCUCCUCUGAGCUGACAGCUUGCUGCACUGUUCUGAGCUCGGAAUGGCUGGGGGUUCUGAAGGCUCUUUGUUGUUCCUCAAAUCACGUGUGGGGGUUUAAUGAUGUUCUCUGCAGUGUCGAUGUGAGUGACCUUUCAUUCCAUGAUUCAUUAGCUACUUUCAUUGCUAUUCUGAUAGCACGACAGUGUUUCUCCCUGGAGGACGUCGUGCAGCACGUAGCGCUUCCCUCUCUCCUUGCAGCAGCUUGUGGGGAUGCAGAUGCGGAGCCUGGAGCCAGAAUGACAUGUCGAAUCCUGCUGCAUCUCUUCCGAGCUCCCCAGGCCUGCUUUUUACCUCAAGCCACCGGCAAACCUUUCCCUGGAAUAAGAUCAUCUUGUGAUCGACACCUCUUAGCCGCUGCUCACAACAGCAUCGAAGUGGGAGCUGUGUUUGCUGUCUUAAAAGCAAUUAUGAUGCUUGGAGAUGCCAAAAUUGGCAAUAACAAUGUCAGCUCUUUAAAGAAUGAUGACUUCACCAUGAGGGGUUUACGGCGUGAUGGGAAUGCUGAUGAUAUCUGGACUGCCUCACAAAACUCAAAAUCCUGUGGGAAAAGCAUUUCCAUAGAAACUGCCAAUUUAAGAGAAUAUGCUAGACACGUCCUGAGGACUAUCUGUCAACAGGAAUGGGUGGGAGAACAUUGCUUAAAAGAACCUGAAAGACUCUGUACGGACAAAGAACUCAUACUGGACCCCGUGCUUUCGAAUAUACAAGCACAGAAGUUAUUACAGCUUAUCUGUUACCCUCAUGGCAUUAAAGAGUGCCCUGAGGGGGACAAUCUCCAAAGACAGCACAUCAAGCGUAUCCUUCAGAAUCUUGAGCAGUGGACAUUGAGGCAGUCCUGGCUAGAACUUCAGUUAAUGAUCAAACAGUGUCUGAAGGACCCUGGCUCUGGGUCUGUGGCUGAAAUGAACAACCUACUGGACAAUAUUGCAAAGGCAACCAUCGAGGUAUUCCAGCAGUCGGCCGACUUGAACACUAGCUCUCCUAGCUCUGGCAUGGGCCUCUUCAACCCAAACAGCAUUGGAAGUACUGAUGCAAGUAGCACGAGACAGAAUGGAAUCAAGACAUUUCUAAGCUCCUCUGAACGCAGGGGUGUGUGGCUGGUGGCCCCCCUGAUCGCCAGGCUGCCGACUUCUGUGCAGGGUAGAGUGCUGAAAGCUGCCGGGGAAGAGCUGGAGAAGGGGCAGCACUUGGGUUCCUCUUCCAAGAAGGAGAGAGACCGGCAGAAACAGAAAAGUAUGUCUCUUUUGAGUCAACAGCCUUUCCUCUCGCUGGUCCUUACGUGCCUUAAGGGACAAGAUGAACAACGGGAAGGGCUUCUAACGUCUCUCCAGAAUCAAGUUAAUCAGAUUUUAAGUAACUGGAGAGAAGAACGAUACCAAGAUGAUGUAAAAGCACGGCAGAUGAUGCACGAAGCAUUGCAACUUCGUCUCAAUUUGGUAAGAGAUAUUUCUAAUACCAUUACAAAUUCUGUGCCUUGAAGAAAAAUGCUUAGUUAAUUAAGUGUAACUUGGUUUUGCUUUAAGAUGAAAAUAAUUGUUUUCUUUCACCUUAGUGAAUUAUUCACAACGGUUCUUGACAUGCUGGGUGUUUUAAUCAAUGGAACAUUGGCCUCUGACCUAUCAAAUGCAUCCCCAGGGGGAUCUGAAGAGAACAAACGUGCAUACAUGAAUUUAGUAAAGAAACUGAAAAAAGAGCUAGGAGACAAGCGGUCAGAAAGCAUUGACAAAGUGCGACAGUUGCUACCUUUGCCAAAACAGACCUGUGAUGUCAUUACUUGUGAGCCGAUGGGAUCCUUGAUUGAUACAAAAGGAAACAAAAUUGCUGGAUUUGACUCUAUAGAUAAAAAACAGGGUCUCCAGGUGUCUGCAAAGCAGAAGGUGUCCCCAUGGGAUUUGUUUGAGGGUCAGAAGAACCCAGCUCCUCUCUCCUGGGCCUGGUUUGGGACUGUCCGAGUGGACCGCAAGGUGACCAAGUAUGAGGAGCAGCAUCACCUCCUUUUGUAUCACACACACCCCAUGCCCAAGCCCCGAAGUUACUACCUCGAGCCACUGCCCCUGCCUCCUGAGGAGGAAGAGGAAGAACCCACGUCUCCCAUCUCUCAGGAACCAGAAAGGAAAUCAGCUGAGCUGUCGGAUCAGGGAAAAACCACAAUGGAUGAAGAGAAGAAAACAAAGGGGAGGAAGCGCAAGACGAAAUCAAGCUCAAGAGUUGACGAGUAUCCACAAAGCAACAUUUACCGAGUGCCUCCUAAUUACUCACCCAUUUCCUCCCAAAUGAUGCAUCAUCCAUCAUCCACCUUGUGGGGUUACAACCUUAUGGGCCAGCCCCAGCAGCCCGGCUUUUUCCUUCAGAACCAAUCUCUUACUCCAGGUACGUGUAGAGAUAGCACCUCCACCAGGUCUCUCCAAGAUGGGAAUAACUUGGGCUGUGAGUGCUUCCAGAAACUGGACCACUGCAGUGACCGCUGCUCGGGUUGUUUUGAAAAUGGCCAGCCAGGGGACCAGGCAGCUCUCUUUGCUGCACAAGCACGGCCCUCGCCUCAGCUGCCUCAGUAUCCAGGGCUGCAGCAAGCACAGACCAUGCCCCAGGGUUAUACGAUGUACGGAACACAGAUGCCCUUGCAGCAGAUGCCACAGCAGCAGGCUGGCAGUGUGGUCCUCUCUCCCGGCUAUAACUCCAGAACCUACCCAGCAGCACACUCCAGCCCUGCGCUCAUGGAGAGACUCAGACAGAUGCAGCAGCCACCCAGUGGCUAUGUCCAGCAGCAGGCGGCGCCAUACCUGCAGUCCUUGACCAGCUCUCAGAGACUGAAUCAUCAGACCCUACAGCAGAGCCCUCUGGUGAGCGGGGGAAUCGAUGCUGUGCUGACUUCUGCACAUCCAAACCUCCCCUCGGUCCCACUGCCUCAGGACCCAAUGAGGCCUAGACAGCCACAAGUUCGACAGCAGCAGAGACUCCUCCAGGUACGGGCCAGGAAGUUGAGGGCAGCGCGGGAUGGGCCCUCCGUCACAGACCGUGCAAAUACACAGCAGUCACAGGAAGCAGAAGAUGCUCAGAUGUUAAUUUAGCAAGGUCCAGGGAGCGCUGUGUAUCUGACACUAGAUGCUAAACUCCUGCAGUUUAGUUCUAAGCCAGCAAGAGUCUUCCUUUCUCUGUGUAGCUGCCAGCUCAUGGUCUGGAGAGUGUGUUUUGCAGAUCAUCUUUGUCCUGACAGAGAAAUUUGAGAGGGCGGGUGGAUGCCUUCAUCUCCAUUAGCAUAAACCUAGUUUACAUAGUCACUUUUUAACU